AUGGCGCCCCUCGUGGACAACAACCAGAUCAAGCUGGCUGAGCUGUGGAAGCCCCUGCCAACGCACUUCCACGCCUAUGUCUGGCCCUUCGCCAUUAUCUGGCCCAUCUUUUUACGCUACUACCUCACCCAAGAACUGUACGAGAAGCACAUCGCAUCCGAGGAAUGGACCUUUGUGUGGAUCGGCACCAUCGUCACCUUCCAGUCCCUUUUCUGGUUGAGCACCCACUGGAGCGUCAACCUCCAGGCCCUCUUCACCGCGACCCGCGCCAAGUCAAUUGACGAGGCCGAGCUCAUCAAGAUCAUUCCCGUCGCCAAUGCCGGAUCCGCCGAGAUCUGCAAGUUGGUUCGCGACAAGGUCGGAGGCAAGAUCAACACCUCUUUCCUCUUCCAGAAGCGACGCUUCAUCUACGUUCCCGAAGAGAAGACCUUCCGAACCCUUACCUACGACAUCGACCUCGAGCCCAAGCCCAAAAUCGCACGCUACCAGCAAUCCAAGGGUAUCGUGACGCAGGAGGAGUUGACGAGGAUCGAGGAGCACUAUGGCCCCAACGCUUUCGAUAUUCCCGUUCCUACCUUCACCGAGCUUUUCAAGGAGCACGCCGUCGCCCCCUUCUUCGUCUUCCAGAUCUUCUGCGUUGGCUUGUGGAUGCUCGAUGAGUACUGGUACUACUCCCUCUUCACCCUUUUCAUGCUUGUCGCCUUCGAGAGCACCGUCGUCUGGCAGCGUCAGCGGACGCUUAACGAGUUCCGUGGAAUGAGCAUCAAGCCUUACGAUGUCUACGUCUACCGUCUGGGCAAGUGGACCGAGAUCCAGAGUGACAAGCUUCUUCCCGGCGAUCUGGUUUCCGUUGGCCGCACUAAGGAGGACAGCGGUGUUGCCUGCGACAUGCUCCUUGUUGAAGGAACUGCCAUUGUCAACGAGGCCAUGCUGUCCGGCGAGAGUACUCCUCUCCUCAAGGAAUCCAUUCGGCUUCGCCCUGCCGAUGCUAACCUCGAGCCCGAAGCCCUGGACAAGAACGCUUUCCUCUGGGGUGGUACCAAGGUUCUUCAGAUCACCCACGGCAACCCUGAUGAGGAGAAACCCAAGCUUGCCUCUGGCGUUCCUCCCCCUCCCGACAACGGCGCCAUGGCCAUCGUGCAGAAGACUGGUUUCGAGACUUCUCAGGGCAGCCUGGUUCGCACCAUGAUCUACUCCACCGAGCGCGUCUCUGCCAACAAUGUUGAGGCUUUGUUUUUCAUCUUAUUCCUCCUCAUUUUCGCGAUCGCCGCCUCCUGGUAUGUCUGGGAUGAGGGUGUUAAGAAGGACCGCAAGCGCUCCAAGCUUCUGCUCGACUGCGUCUUGAUCGUCACUAGUGUCGUCCCCCCCGAGUUGCCCAUGGAGCUUAGUCUGGCGGUCAACACGAGUUUGGCUGCCCUCGCCAAGUUCGCUAUUUUCUGCACCGAGCCUUUCCGCAUUCCCUACGCCGGACGUAUUGAUGUUGCUUGCUUUGACAAGACUGGUACUCUCACCGGCGAGGACCUGGUUGUUGAGGGUAUUGCUGGUCUGGGCCUUGGACACUCGGGCACUAGCACCCCUCGCGAGUCUGAUGGCGCCCACUCCCACAUGACCCCUGUCAACGAGAUCGGUCUGGAUACCACCCUGGUUCUUGCUACCGCGCACGCUCUUGUCAAGCUUGAUGAGGGAGACGUUGUUGGUGACCCCAUGGAAAAGGCUACUCUGACCUCUUUGGGAUGGACUGUCGGCCGUAACGACACUCUCGCCAGCAAGCCCACUACUGCCGCUACUACUGGUGUCAGCGGAACUGUUCAGAUCAAGCGCCGCUUCCAGUUUUCCUCGGCUCUCAAGCGACAGGCCUCAGUCGCUACCGUCAACGGUGCGGAUAAGCAGGGCAACCGUAUCCGUGGUACUUUCGUCGCUGUCAAGGGCGCCCCCGAGACCAUCCAGAAAAGACUGACUACUGUUCCCGCCGACUACGAGGAGACCUUCAAGUACUUUACUCGCCGUGGGUCCCGCGUCCUCGCGCUUGCCUACAAGCAGCUUACCGUUGAUAACGAGUUGGGAGCCAGCAAGAUCAACGACCUGAAGCGUGAGAACGUCGAGUCUGGACUUACCUUUGCUGGAUUCUUGGUUCUUUCUUGCCCCCUGAAGGAUGAUGCCAAGCAGGCUGUGCAGAUGCUCAACGAGAGCAGCCACCGCGUUGUUAUGAUUACCGGAGACAACCCGCUUACCGCCGUUUACGUCGCCAGAGACGUAGAGAUUGUCGACCGCGAUGUUUUGAUUUUGGAUGCCCCCGAGGACAACGCCGAUGGCGAUAAGCUCAUCUGGCAUAGCGUUGAUGAGAAGAUCAGUAUCCCGGUUGACCCGUCCAAGCCUAUCGACAAGAAGAUCCUCGAGUCCUACGACCUCUGCGUCACAGGUUACGCCCUCGCCAAGUUCAAGGACCAAGUCGGCUGGUACGAGAUUCUGCGCCAUACCUGGGUCUAUGCGCGUGUCUCUCCCAAGCAGAAGGAAGAUAUCCUGGUUGGCCUCCGUGACAUGGGAUACUACACUUUGAUGGCUGGUGACGGAACCAACGACGUUGGCGCUCUCAAGCAGGCUCAUAUUGGUAUCGCUCUUCUUAACGGCACUCCUGAGGACCUCACUCGUAUUGCCGAGCAUUCUCGCAACACGAAGAUGAAGGAGAUCUACCAGAAGCAGGUGGACCUCAUGAAGCGCUUCAACCAGCCGGCUCCUCCUGUUCCCGUCAUGAUUGCCCAUCUUUACCCCCCUGGAACUAGCAACCCUCACUUCAGCAAGGCUGUCGAGCGCGAAGCUAAGAGGAAGAACGUUAGCCCCGAGGAGUGGAUGAAGACCAACGGCGUUUCCGCCAUCGAGACCGUCACCUCUCCGGGUGCCCAGCAACUUUUGAACAAUCAGGACCCCAAGGCUGCUCGUCAGGCGCAGGCUCAAGCCAAGGCUGCUAGCUUUGCCGAUAAGAUGACUUCCCAGAUGAUGGAGAGUGAGAUGGGCGGAGACGAUGAGCCUCCCACCCUCAAGCUCGGCGACGCUUCCGUGGCAGCUCCCUUCACCAGCAAGCUUCGUAAUGUCAUUGCCGUCCCCAACAUCAUCCGCCAGGGUCGCUGCACUCUCGUCGCAACCAUCCAGACGUACAAGAUUCUCGCCCUCAACUGCCUCAUCAGCGCCUACAGUCUCAGUGUCCUCUACCUCGAGGGUAUCAAGUUUGGUGAUGGCCAGUACACUAUCAGCGGUAUCUUGAUGAGUGUCUGCUUCCUGUCUAUCUCUCGCGCCCGUGUUGUUGAGGGUCUGUCCAAGGAGCGUCCUCAGCCCAACAUCUUCAACUUCUACAUCAUCGGAUCUAUCCUGGGACAGUUUGCUGUCCACGUUGUAACCCUCAUCUACAUUGCCCGCUUCUGUGACAAGCUUGAGCCCCGCUCCGGUGACGUUGACCUUGAGGCCGAGUUCGCUCCCAGUCUGUUGAACAGCGCUGUGUACCUGCUCCAGCUCAUCCAGCAAAUCAGCACCUUCGCCAUCAACUACCAGGGACGCCCCUUCCGUGAGUCUCUUCGCGAGAACAAGGGUAUGUUCUACGGCAUUGUUGGUGUUUCGGCCCUGGCCUUCUCCUGCUCGAUGGAAUUCAUUCCCGAAAUCAACGAGCAGAUGAAGCUUGUGCCCUUCACUGAGGAGUUCAAGACCACCAUGACUGGCGUUAUGGUUCUGGACUAUGCCGCUUGCUGGAUCAUCGAGGUCGUCCUCAAGCGCCUCUUCUCCGACUACCGUCCCCGUGACAUCGCUGCCCGCCGACCGGAGCAGCUCGAGCGUGAGAGAAUUCGCAAGGAGGCCGAACAGAAGAAGAAGGACGAGGAGGAGGAGCAGAAGCGCCUGGAGAAGGUGGCCGAGUUCGAGCGCAAGGUUGAGGAGCGCCGUCAACAACUCGAGGCCUGGAGACAAGGCCGACGAUAG